UCUUUUUUUCCUCCUCUUUCUCUCCGUCCUUCAGAGAGAACGAGAGAGACAAAGAAAGAGACCCGCCAUCGCUGGCGCCUCUCUCGCUUCGCUUUCAUCCUUGAAUCUCUGCUUCGCUGAUCUUCCGGAAGGUAGCUAUCCAUCAACUUAUUUAACGCAGCUGACUGCAUCUUUGCAUCCAUAUUCUUUUGUACCGGGUCAACCCACCUUUUCAGCUCUCAGUUUUUCUGCCUGAAACUUAAGAGAUUAUUAUGAGUUCAAAGAACUCUGAUUCAAAUGUCUCUGGGAAACAACCAUUAUCUGAGGAACAACACGCUAAGAUUAGUGAGAUUAGAAAAUCACUUGGACAAUUGCCAGAAAAAUUGUUGCAUUACUGUACUGAUGCAUCAAUUGCAAGAUACCUGACAGCAAGAAACUGGAAUGUUAAGAAAGCAACUAAAAUGCUUAAAGAUACGUUGAAGUGGAGGCUAGAAUACAAGCCAGAGGAAAUUCGUUGGGAAGACAUUGCACAUGAAGCUGAGACUGGAAAAAUUUACCGAACAAAUUACUUUGAUAAGUACGGGAGAAGUGUUCUUGUAAUGAGACCGGGAUGUCAGAACACAAAGUCAACCAAGGGGCAGAUAAGGUACUUGGUGUACUGUAUGGAGAAUGCAAUUUUAAAUCUUCCCCCUGAUCAGGAGCAGAUGGUUUGGCUCAUCGAUUUCGAUGGGUUCCACUUGUCAAAUAUAUCUAUCAAAGUAACAAAAGAAACAGCCCAUGUUUUACAAGAGCAUUACCCUGAAAGACUUGGAGUAGCAAUUCUUUACAACCCACCAAAGUUCUUUGAGCCUUUUUGGACGGUUGCAAAACCAUUCCUUGAACCCAAGACUUGCAACAAAGUAAAAUUUGUGUACGCUGACAACGAUGCGUCAAAGAUGAUUAUGCAGGGCCUUUUUAAUAUGGAUGAACUGGAGUCGUCAUUUGGAGGGAACAAUCAAACAGUCUUUAACGUUGACAAUUAUGCAUCCAUGAUGAGAGAAGAUGACAAAAGGAUGCCAUUAUUCUGGACUCAAGGCUCAGUGUCAUCUGAAGGUGCCCAAUCAUCAUCCUCAAUCCCUGCAGCACUCAUUGACUCAAAUAAUCCAGAAUCAAACUGUCCUGACUCCAACCAAAAGUUUGAAGGUAAUUUAUCAUCAGAACAUAAUCAUGCAUUGGAAUGCUCAUCUCAUAAUACUGAUUUAGGUGAGACAAAUGGCAAUGACAAUGUGAAAGUAGAUGAGAGAUGAAUCAGGAGCUCUGAUAUAUAAGCCAGCAGUAAGUGUUAACCUCAACCUUACUAAUUUGACUGUCUUUUGAAUGAUGCUUACUUUACUGAAAAUCAAUUUGAAGCAGCCUCUCUUUUUUCUUGUUAGAGGCAUUUGAGAAACAUAGGUACGUACAAAUUUGAAAGAAUGUAUGUUUAUUA